UAUGGGUGACGGAAAAUGUACGUUCGGGACUCGUCCCCCCGUCGACCUGCAGAUGCUCAACGAGAAGAUUCACCGGGAGGUAAAGCACUUUAGGAACUACAAGACUUACCGGCCUAACUUUGGAUCUCUACCUGUCGCCACAAAGUUCUACGCACGGCACGACCAGCUCAAAGACGAAUCAGAAGAGCAGACAAAGAAGGUCGCCGAUUAUGCCUACAACGUGGCCCAGACGAGGGCCAAGGGACCACACAGCAAGUACCCUGCGCCUGUCACUGAGAGCCAUGUAUACGGCUGGUAUACAACCCCUCUUGUGCACAUGGACCGGAACGACACGCGUUUCUACCACCCGAAGAAGGAGAGCUCCCACACCAAGGUGGAAGUCAUCAUUUGCAUGUGCAACCCCAAGAAUCGAGCAGAAGGUAAACACACAGGGGUGGCGGUAAAUAAAAAAAACUUUAAACAGUAG